AUGGCGCUGCAUUUGCCAGAGCUGACGUACAUGCUGGCUGUUGCUUGGUUUGCCAAAAUAACAUUAAAUGGCUUUGGUUGUUACACCCAAGGUCGCUGCUGCAAGCCUCUGCCUGGGGAGAUCCUCCAUUUCCCAGAUGAGACAAUGCGGCUGCACAGUGGAGUUCUCAGGGAUCUCGAGCGUCAAAGUCAGAAAAAGGAGAAUAUUCGCCUGCUAGAAGAGCAGAUUGCUUUGACAAAGCAGCUUAUGGAAGAAAGAGACAAGGCGCUAAUGGAAAAAGGGUCCCAGCAGUCCUAG